CACCAGUGCUGCGCCUGCGCACUGCAGGGUGAUCGGAGUAGAGAGCGCGGAGGACGCGCCCACCUUAUUGCCUAUGUAAUCACCGGCAUAGCGCUCCAGCAAUGAACGGGACACCGCCCCCGCCGCCGCUGGACCGGGAGGAGCACGCCCUGAGACUGGGGGAGAGUUUCGAGAAGAGGCCGCGCUCCUCCUUCCACACCGUGCGCUAUGAUUUUAAGCCAGCAUCUAUCGACACAUCUUGUGAGGGAGAUCUUCAAGUUGGGAAAGGAGAUGAAGUUACAAUAACAUUGCCACAUAUCCCAGGCUCUACUCCGCCCAUGACUAUAUUCAAAGGUAAUAAACGACCAUACCAGAAGGACUGCGUGCUGAUCAUUAACCAUGACACAGGGGAAUAUGUCCUGGAAAAGCUGAGCAGCAGUAUACAAGUCAAGAAAACCAGGGCUGAGGGCAGCAGCAAGAUUCAAGCUCGAAUAGAGCAACAGUCUGCCAGAUCCUCCCAGCCAACUUCCCAGUUCAAAACUCCAUCAAAACUAUCUGCAGGGCCUAAAACAUCUCCUUUGAAAGAUCAUCCUUCUCCAGAACCUCAGCUUGAUGACAUUAAGAGGGAGCUGAGGGCUGAGGUGGAGAUUAUAGAGCAGAUGAGCAGUAGCAGUGGCAGCAGCUCCUCUGAAUCAGCAAGCUCCUCAGGGAGUGAUGAUGACAGCUCCAGCAGCGGUGGUGAAGAUGACACACACACAUCCCCCUCUCAGCAGUACAGCAGCAGAGCGCCUAUCUCCAAUGGCACCAACCGACCCCAAGGAACUAAUCAGCUAAUGAACACGCUCAGAAAUGACCUUCAGCUAAGUGAGUCGGGAAGUGACAGCGAUGAUUAAUAAAAAAAUCUUCUUUAUGUAAAUAUUUAUUUUAUGAUGUACAAAGAAGCACAUCUGCACCCAAAUAUCCAAUCGUCACUGGAAGACUACAAUAGGUCUUUUGUAGGCUGCAUCGGACUAAAAACCAUAUCCAGAAUUUUAUAUAGAUACAUAUGGACAAUUUAAUCCUCUAUGUGCACGAGACACAUGCAAUAAGCCAACAUAUCAUUUGUGUUUAUGUAAUCAGUAUCUGCUGCCAUGUCAACACAAAGCUCAGUAGGCAUUUGGAACAGAAGAGUAUUUUAUUGAGUAUUGCCACAGUGAGAUUUAAUAGCCCACUUCAAGUGAUGCAACAGUCUCCAAUUUAGAAAUAAAUUGCACUCUCUCUUUCUGUACCAAAUGGCGGUGUGCAAAUAUAAGGGAGAAUGUUAAUAGAAUAAUGUAUGUCUGUAAAAAUCAAUGUCUCCUUUAUAUACAAUAUGCAGUGACAAGGUAUGAAACCUUUUUAAAUACAGUAUAGCAGCGUUUCCCAACCUGUAUUGCAGCCUGUUAAACUUAAUUCAAACCAUCUGUCCGCAGAAUAUACCACUACAUGAAAAGACAAGGCAAAAAAUUAAAUAAUGUUACAUUGUUUAGAGACAUAUCGUUUGUACCCAACCGCCGCCCCGCUCGCAAUAUAUUGCUCAGUGUGUUCCCAGCUUAAGAAAAACUGCUCCCAGAUGUCUGUAAAUAUUAAUAUGUAAAUACUACUGACCUAUAAUAGAAAUUUAUUGUACUGAGAAGAUGGGUGGGGUAUGUUAUGUCGACCAUUAUCACUUUGACUUGCAUAUGUCAAUAUGAAAAUGUUAACAUGCAGCAGUGACCAUGUUGACAUAACGUCCCUGGUGGCUCAUCGGUCACUUACCUGGUCUUCAGUAUUGUCUUCCAGGUCCUGGCAGUCAUGUGACGAGCAGUUAUGGCGUAAACAUCUGACAAGCAGCAUUCCGAUGAGUAUUGUCUGCCUAACUCUAAUCCAUAGCCCUAUCCCAAGCCCCCCUCCCCCUGCAGCCUACCCCUAACCUACCCAUACCCUAACCUACCCAUAGUGCAACACCCUAACCCUCCCACCAGCACCUAACCCUAACAGUCUGCAUUCUGUCUGUAAAAGCUUUAUGAAAUAAAAGAAAGUAGAAGUCCUACAUUUCCUUAAUGGCAGCAGACAACGUAUGUGGUUGAAACAGUGGACAAUGGCUUGGAAUUCUCUGCUUUGUUAAUGCAAAUACCAUAUCAAGUCAGCGGCAUGUCCUGUGAAGUUUUGAUUUUUUUUUUAAUAUAUAGUUAAGAAUAUAACAACAUAUCACCUUGACAGUGCUAUACCAAACAUAAAGGUUGCGGCAGAUGCAGAGUUGGCAGGAAAAUGGGUGUACAUUACGCUAAGACAAAAAUAGUGUGGACAAGUAGUGUAUUACAGCACAUGUUGUGUCUCCCAUAUCUGAAAUAUUCCAAAAUCCAACAGGUUUUUAGCACGACCAAGAUAAUUACAUCUUUGCUUUCUGAUGGUUCAGUGUAGGCAAACUUUGAUGCACAAAAUUAUUAAUAAUAUUGUAUAAACAUACCUACAGACUAUGGGGUCGAUCCAAUAAUUUGCGAUGAUCUCACAGGUGCAAGUCAUCGCGGCAGUGUUCUCAUUUUAUGGUGGCGCGAACUCGCACAAAAGUGCUCACCACCCCAUAGGGUUCCGAGCAAUUUUGUGCGAGUUCAUGCUCCAAACCAGCUCAAGAAGGGUGUGAGAUCGGGAGCCGUUUCAGGUGUUGGAACGCUGCAGCAACAGCACAUUGCACCCUUUGCACCCAAUUGGAUUAACCCCAGCUGUCGUUGCUAGUGUUUCUCCACAAUUGCAACAGCACUGGCUCUUAGUUGACCCCUAAGAUUCUUAUUAAAUACAUUUCUGAAAGAAAUAAAUGGACUACAGAAAGGUAUCACAGGAACUCAUGACGUAUACACAAGUAAACUCAAACAUGACUAUAUUUACCUAACCGUAUCUUAACAAAAAUGUAAUAAAGCAGUUACAAUUCAUCAGAUAGUAAAAAUAUAUAUCAAAUAGUCAUGUUUGUGCAUCAAUUUCCUUUAUGUUUUUGUUGUAAAACUUACGGCAUAUCAUAAGUCAUUGAAAAUCAUAUGUAGGUAUCUGAAUAAUUGAUCCCAAUAAGGAAGUUCCACACCCAGGGGUAUUGAGCUGUUAUAUUGGGUUGGGUAUGGCUCACCGACCGCAGUAUCCCAGCAGCAGAAUGCUGGCGGUGGGGGAAUGACGAAGCUCCUUGCGGGCUCGGUGGCGAGUUGCGCUCACCACAGGUUCUAUUCCCACUCUGUCGUGGACACCCACGAGUGGGAAUAGACCCUGGUAGUCGGCAUGCCAGGGGGGGUGAGAUGUGGCCAUCGGUAUUGUGACCGGCGUUCUGACCGACGGUCACAUAACUACAUCCCGUUCUAUUCAUACGUUCCCCAGUAACUUGGUGGAUGCAAUACAGAACAGACAGCUGUCCCUCUAAUAUAGCAUGGUAACUUGUAAAAAUACACUGAAUGUCACUAUUUGAUAUAUCUUUUUAAUCUUUUAUAAAUGGUCAUUAUUUUUACUGAAUUUGUGAGCUUAAAUGUACUCUUGGUUUAUUGAAUGUAUUUAUAGAUAUGUGAUGAGUUUAUGCAGUACCUUUGUUACAUCUAUUUUAUUACGUUUAUUGUAUAUAAGUUUCUUAGGACUGCCUAUUUUAUUUUUGCUUGCUUAUAGAACGUAAAUAAGAGGUCACAGAGUUUCUUAUAAGCACCCGUUUGUGAUUAUUUUCUCCAUUUUAUGGAAUAUUAAUAGCACCUUUAAGUAUAGCUAAAUUCUUAAUUUGCUUUUCCGAUGAACUUUUGCUUAACAGUGGGUGAGGGGCUAAAGUGGUAGUAGAUUGAGCUUGGAUGUGGCGAUUUUACGGUUUCCACCCUGCAUAUUUUCCUAGGAAUCAAGAAAACUAGGUGCAGAUUUAAGGAGGGCUUUCAAAUGACAGUGAGGUGAAUGUGCAAAUUAAAAUGUACUUUGACAAUUAGACCCGCUUGCACUUAAGGCUGAUUCGGCGUUGCAUUCAAGUCCAUUUGCAGACACAUCUUGUGAUUUCUGGCACUGUGCAUGCUCCAAAGCUGAGCAUAUGUGGGUAUAGGGGCUAAAGUGGUAGUAGAUGUGGUGAUUUUACUGUUUCCACCCUGCAUAUUUUCCUUUAUAGUGUCCUGCAUAUUUUCCUAGGAAUCCACAAAACUAAGUGCAGAUUGAUUUACAGGGGGGUUUCAUUUCAAACAACAGUGAGGUGGAUGUACACCGUAAAAUGCACUUGGAUAUUUAGGCUCACUUGCACUUAUAAGGGCUGAUUCGCGUUGCGUGCAAGUCAAUUUGCAGACACAUCUUGUGAUUUCUGGCACUGUGCAUUAAGGAUGGCCAUCAAUGGUUAAAAAUCAUUGAUGGUUUAUAGCCGAUGUCAAAUAGUUUUGUCAUCCAUGGCAGAGAACUAUGGUAGAUACACCAUAAUCCAUGGCAGAGAACCAAUGGUAGAGACACCAUAAUCCAUGGCAGAGAACCAAUGGUAGAGACACCGUAAUGGGUGUCCGCCCCACCUGCUUUAUGCUGAGUACGGAGCUUAGCUCCGACCCCCGAUGGAGCUUAGAGUGAUUCAGAUCGGUACGUUUCUCAGCCACAUAUCCACUUGCGGCUACGUUGGUGUAACAGGGGGCACCUGGUCAUUCGCAGAUAGGAGGAGUGUUCUAAGUGCGUCAUGGGUAUGGUGAUGGAAGUACAGGCUAUUCAGAGCUGAUUCUACACUGGGAUCUGUUUUCAGAUGGAUCUCUUACACCAGGUAUAGCGCUGGUACAGAUGUGUGGAUAGUGAUUACUAGUUCCUUUUACAAUAGAAUGGAAAGGAAGGUCCACGUUUAUUUCUAAACCCACCAUGAGGCCACAUCUGCUACUGACUUGGUGCAACUGUGUCAGAGUUUAUAUAUUGCUAAGAAUCUUUCAGCAUGAAAAGGACCAGCAUCCAUAGCCCUAGACCAUUAAUUAAAACUAAAUUAUUAGGGUAUGUUCACAUUUCCCAUGUAAUGCAGUUACUGAGGAAUGUCCAGUAAAUACCAUGCUCACUCUACAAUAAUUUACAAGCAGAGCUCUUUGAAAAUACAGAUAGCGUUUUGGAUUGUUCCUUACAGAUACGAUCCCUGCUUGUUAACAUCUGAUACAGAUUUUAUUAUUACAUUUUAUUUAUUAUUAUUAUUAUAAUCUCAUGCAGCGUUCUCAGUACCUGCUGUACAUCUGUUCCCAUUUUUGGAAAAUGAACCAUUAUGGUACAAAUCUGUCAAUAGCUUUAAAAUAUUGUUUAGGUUAAAACUUAUUUUGUUAUACAGUGACUUAAUAGCUACAUUUAUCCCCCUUUAUUUUUGUAUAAAAAUGUAUAUAUUUUUACUUAUUUAUUUGUUAUAUGGUUUAAUUGCUUUUACAGUAUAUUGCUGUAAAUGCUUAGAUGUGGCAUUGGCACUAUUAAAUGCAGUUUAAACAUCUGUUUAUGGCAGAACUGUUCAACCUUUUUGUACCAACCUAUGAUGGUAAAUGUUUACCAACUCUUGCAUAUAAGUUUAGCCAAGUACUCCCAUAUAGUGUGUACAUUUGUACCGAGUAUACCUACAUUGUUGCUAAGUAACCCUUUAUGACUUGAAAUGUUUUUAAAAAUACGCCAGCUAAAUCAUUUUAAUAUGUUUAAUUCAUUUUGUACUGUACAUACAAGUUGAAUCUGUAUGAUGAAACGCUAAACGCUUCAAAGGUGUAUAACUUAUUUAGCUUUGUUACAUUAUACAUUGUGCUGUGUAUGCAGUGGAAGCAGACUUACCAACGGCAUGUAUGUUUUUAAGCAGGACUUGUAUUUGUUAUUGCAUUGCAUUCCUAGUGUACAGUACAUAUAUGCUCCACUAGUGCUCUGUAUACACUGUUUUGUUACUAUAUGUCUCGGCAAAGGCAAAAUAUUUGGGGGGAUUUGGACAGGUUUGCAAAUUUAGCAUGUUGUAAAAUGUUAAAUGGAAAGAAGCGUCACCUACAGUAGAAGGAACAUAGACAUUUUCCCAGUAGUGUCUUCAUAGUUAGAUUUGAAAAGUGUACAAAAGUAAUAUUUGUGGGGAUUAUUUAUCCCUGUUUUAACACUGGCUUAUUAAAAAGGCUAACAUUCA